AUGGGCUUCGUAGUGCUUCCGGCCCUGGUACCGGACAUCAGUGCUGUGUACGACGUGUAUUUCGCAGCUUUCAAAGACAAUGCUGUCUCAAAAGCAUUGUUCCCAUCGGCUACGGCGUCUGAUAUGACGAAUCCGGAGUCCGAAUUCAGAAAAGCGCACACUGGUCACACGACGCAAUACUGGCCGACAGACUCCACACAGUACACGCUGAAAUGUGUCGAUAGCGAGACUGGAGAAAUCGUUGGUAUGGCUUUGUGGGAAAUUUACCUCACAACAAGUAAGUGGAGGAGAGGAAAAAUCUCAUGGUUGAGCGGCGAAGAGCGCGAGCGCGCCGAAGCACUAAUUUCUCCGCUUUGGAACGCAAGGGAGAAGUUGUGGCUUGAUCAAAAGUACAUAUACUGUCACGCUAUCGCUGUUCAUCCCGACUACCAGCGUAAAGGCAUCGGCAAACUGCUGAUGGAGUUUGGCAUCGGCGUUGCACAGCAGGUAGAGCUUCCCAUCUACAUCGAGAGCUCUGAAGAAGGAGUUAGGUUAUACGAGAAAUUGGGUUGCCAGCGGGUGAGACAGCCGAAGUCAGGAGAAGUGCCGAAUGCAGGACAGAGUGUAAAUGGUGGCCAAGAGCAUGGGUUGUCACUUUUUGUAUGGGUACCGAAAGGAAGCAGAGAUUACCGAAAGCCGUAG